AGAUCUAAAGCAAUCAUGACAUCGGUAUGAACAUAAAUCGCCCAACUUAAAUGAGAUUCGCCCUGACGGAGCUUUGAAUUAACUCUUUCCUGAUGAACUCCGGCGAGCUCUUUUGCAUGAAGCCGACGUGGCCGUGAGGAUGUCCGUGAGCCGUGCAUCUUCCUCUCGGAAUUCCUCUCCUCCUCUGGAAAGUCCUGCCCAACUCCACAUAGCUUCCUCCGGUGAGCUCUUGCUCAGCCACGGCCGAGGCGACCGGGAUGAAAGUCCCAAGGCAUAUGCUUGACGUUCAUGUGACAUGGAGAAUGAGAGGCUGUGCCGGACUAUGUAUGUUGGUUGUCCUCUGGACCUCUUUCUUCUAGUGAAUCCCCGGCGAGUCCUGUUCAUGCCCGGCGAGGUGGCUGAGAUGGUGUCCGAGGCAUAGGCCCGUGCAUGUGCCUCUGGGGCUACGGCGCGCAAGUCACGAGGCUGAAUCCUCAAGUGUUCAAUGGGACGAACCAGAGUUUAUGGAGACGGGAGAGGAGGCACAGUGGUCCAAGUCAAUAAUCAACCGUUGCCACGGCAACUCACGGCUUGAAGAGGCUCGACAGAUGCAUGAUUAGUUCUUGUUCCAAGAUAUUUGCCUUGUCAAGCCAAUUCAGGGAUGUAAGUCUGUUGGCAAAGACGCUCCUUCUGGAAGCCUGCCCGAUGAACAACUUGAGGCUGAGUGCAGAGAGGUGCUGCGUGUCUCUUAUCUGAUUCCAGGCCACCCGGUGCCUGACCAUGGAUUGAUUGAAACACGCGUGGGUGAUGUCACGAUGUGCAUACUGAGUGGCUAAUUGAAGAUGGCAAAUGUUCUGCUAUCUGGUCUCCGUGGAGCAAAACAGCUGGGGCAGAACUUCAGAUCUGCAUGCAGGUCUCUUUCAUCAGGACAAUUGGUCGAGCCCGGCUAUGUCUUCGGUCGUAAAUGUUUUGGGCCAGAUUACGGGGUUACCACCUCUGUUGGUCAAUAUGGACUGCCCAAGUCUGUGGACUGGAGAAAAGUCCCAUGGCUUAAAAUCCCAGUGAAAGAUCAGCGUGGCUGUGGUAACUGCUAUAUUCAGGCAUCUCUUGUUGGUAUUGGGAGUCUUCAUUCCAUCAUAACUGGAAUAAACGUCGAACUUUCUAGCCAGCAUGUUCUUGAUGCGAAUACUAUAACUAAUUCUGGAUGCAUGGGAGGCACAAUACCAAAGGUCUUCGACUUUGUCAUGAGGGGUGGAGUAGUCCUAGAAUCUGCUUAUCCAUAUACUGGGAAGAGGGGCUUUUGCCAGGAUAUUAAGGCUAAAGGUCUUACUAUUGAGGGUUGGGCACAAGUCGCUCCAGCAGAAGAAGCUCUCAUGUAUGCUGUGGCCCAUCAGCCAGUUGCCGUUGGAGUAGCUGCUGGGACAGAGUUUGAAAAUUAUCAAUAUGGCGUUAUGAAUGUCCCAGUAGACCAUGGAAUUUUAAAUCAUGCAAUGUUAUUGAUUGGAUAUAAUGCCACUUCUUGGCUACUUCUGAAUUCAUGGAGUGAGGCAUGGGGCAUUAAAGGUGCUUGUCGGAUCCUGAGGAAAUCGCCAAAUUCUGAUGGAUCUAUUGGAAUUUUAUCUAGGGCCUAUCUCCCCCUAAAUCCAUCUUUCACAACUGUCAGAACGAGAACAGAAAGUUGCCCUUGUUAUUGGUCCAGGACGGUGAGAAAUCUCCUUGAACGAAUGGUGCCAAGACAGAUAACAGAGCACUUUUUGCCGAAGUUUAUGGCCGUGGAUAAGUGCUGGAUUACUGUUAGUUACCUUUAUGCAUGAUUGUGGAUUGGACCACUAGUAUUUCAUACGAUGUGCUAGGAGCUCUCGUAAUUCGACAUUUGUUUCAAGUUGGAGUCUGGUUUGGCCUGUGUUGGCACAUUUUGGCAAAGUUGGACUUUGGUUUGGCCUAUGUAGACUGAGUUUUUGCUGCUUGGUAUGUGGUGCAGUGUAUGAUCCUUCGUGAUCAGGUUGUAAUAUUCUGGGAGUCGAUCCUUGCUAGUAGUUUGUUUAUGAUCUGGACCAUGUGGUUUCUAUAAUGGAAUUCUAAAGGCUUCUCUUUCAUUAAAGUAAAAAGAAAUGUGGUUUCUAUAA